GCAGUGUUGCUCUGACCGGCUCACUGUGAGUGUUGAGGUACAGCCCACACUACUGUGAACUAUCACUAAACAUACAGCAGUUUGACAGUUUGUGGAAAUAAGGAGGAAGUGUAAACCCUGGUAAGGUAGAGCUAAUGGGAACUUGGUGGUCGUAUAACGUGCCCAAUGCUCCGUGAUCCUCAGACAUUGGUCCCUGCUCACGAGUGACUGCAUGAUGGCCGCGCGUGAUGGGCGCUGAGAGCCACACUGGACCAGUGGUGGUGUCAGCAGUAUCCCAGCUGGUGUCGGCAUGGGUCAGGCGGUGAUCAAGCCCUCCAGGGGGGCCGUGGUGGGCGAGGUGGACGUCGGCCUGGAGGCGCUCUUCCUCCUGGAGUCGCCCGAGGAGCACAGCACUGUCAUCUUAAAGAUGGUUCCAGACACGCCUCUUGCCUCAAAGAGAAUGCGAGAGUUCAAGAGUCGGAGGAUACGGAGGAGCCAGAGUCUGAGGGAAGUAGAGAUGGAGGAGGAGUACCAAGCUUCGGAGGGAGAGAGUCAGGAGUGCUCCAACAGCUUCACCUGCCACGAGGGAGACAAGCGCCGGGACAUGGUCGAGGAACAACUGGUUGAUGUGUUCUACUCGGCCUUCCACCUGCACGUCCCUCGGGAGGCUCAGUCACACCUAGGGGCUUCCUCCAACAGUAGCGCCCACAGCACCACCGCUUGCCUCGCCACAGAGGACCUUCUCAAGGAACUCGGAGAUAUCUUUCAGGUCAAUGAAACCACCCUUAAACUUGUCGAGGAGGAGGUCAAGGAAAAAAAGCCACCCAGACUGACGCUCCAUAUCAUCAUCCAUGAAGCCAAGGACCUCAAGCCAAAAGCAUCCAAAGAAACAAGCCACCCAUACUGCCUUGUGCGGGUUUCAGGAAGUACAGAGACAUUCAAAACUCGAGUCAUUAAUAGCACUCUUAUGCCAUCUUGGGAGUCACAGUUUUCCACUGGAAUUCCAACUCUUCGUGAUGCUAAGCUUAUGGUGGAAGUCUGGCAUGAACCACAAGAAGCUGGGGUAAAACAACUUAUUGCAAUGAGAGAUCUUCGAGAAUUUAGUCACUUAGUCCGAGAUGCUGCAGCCAACAUCCAAAUGAAGGAAACGAGGAAUCUGCUUGGUACGGUUACAGUGCCUCUCUCUGAAUUGAAAGAUCAAAGUCUAGAAGGCUGGUUUAACUUGGUGAAGAGCAGGGAAGAUGAGAUUAAUCAAGUAUCUACCAAAGAAAGUCUUAAGCCAAAUAAGAAACGAGGAAGCAUACGCAUAAGCCUUAAAGUAUCUACUGUAGCUGAGCUUAAUCAUAUUGGACCGCAUUGGUUUGAUGCAUUCCUGAAGAAGGUUAUUCAUCAUCAUCUUGGUUAUCUGAGCAUCUAUAGCAACUUUAGAAGAGGAAGCAAGAGAUGGAGUGAGAGAAGCAUACAAAGCACCAAAUCUAGUACUAGGAGAAAUAAGAUUAAUACCAGCAGUAAUACCAACAAUAAGAGCAACAUUAUUAUUAACAGUAAACAUUACAGCACAAGUAGUGGCACUAGUAGCAAUGGAAGCAGCCCUGAAAAUGAGGCAGUUUGGGACUUGCUUACACCUUGGAAUGGUUUACUGAACAGUACCUGUCAGUCUCUCUUAGAUUACUAUGCUGCAACGCUUAAUCUCACACCACCAGUUACUAUAUUGUCAUGGUGGAAGGUGUCAUCUGAGUGUCACAUUACAGACCAAGCAUUCCUCUUAAAUUUGUUGAAGAUUGUACAAGGUUACUUAAAGGAAGAGAGAUAUUCAGAGGAGGAAAUUCAGGAAAUCAGAAGCUCGCUAAAAAUGUGGACAUCAACUCAAAUUGAUAGAUUAAGGAAUCUCACAACUUACUUCCCAGCCUCGACCAAAUAUAUCUCAUGUGAUCAACUCAAAGGCAUGUUAAGAAAUUUGUAUGCUCUUGAAGCUGACCCCCAAACACGAGAACUCUGGCCUUUUCCAAAAGAUUUGUGUGUUUCUGAGCAUGUGUCAGAAGCCCUCACAGAUUUCACAAAAAAAUGGUGGGAGUCCUCGCUUAAGAAUCGUGGACGUAACUCGCCAAUGGCUACUGAAGACCAACAGCUUGUUGCUGCUGUCAGUGUGGCUGGAGAAGUUUUCUCUUUUCUCUCAGACGUCUGCAGCUUUUAUCAUGAUGUAUUAUUAAGGGAGGCAAAGAUAUCUUACCUGAGAUUAACAUACAUCCUUUUGACAUCAGAACUUGCUGCUCGGGUGAGACCUCUUCUCAUAAAAAUAUAUAAAGUUCCAGCUAAAGAGAAACACAAUGAAGCAGACAAGCGAUCAUUAGAAGCUGGGACAUCAGUUUGGCAACUUUAUAAGAAGUUAGAAAAUAUAGAAAAAAUAGGUGAAAAUCUUCCCAAUGAAGUUCAGCUACAGUCAGGUAUUCGAGGCUAUCAUAAGUGGUUCCUAGGUGGUGUUGUCAGAUGGCAGAGGAGAUUGUUUGCACGGACGAGAGACCACAUUUCUAAGGAGGUUGAGGGAGACAAAUUUGAAGUAGAUCCCUCAUAUAUAAGAUCAUCACCAUCUAUAACCAGCUUUAAUCUAAUAAUAAGUUCCUCUGCUUCUGGAAGCAAAUCAAAUUUUACAAUUAUAAAAGGUUUAUGGCAGAAAUUAGCAUGGCCUUAUGAAGUGGAAGGAGAUAAAGUCGCCAGUCAACUCCUUCAGGACCUAUGUGGGUUGGGUACUCACUACACCAAGCUAGUUAUUGCUAAACUUGAUGCAAAAUUUCGGGAAGAGGAUGCACUUAAGUCUGUUUUCCUUCCUGCAGAGAUCUGCAUUGGGCUAAAUAACAUUGAGUAUGUGCGGUUAGAAAUUGAAAGUCUUCCAGAACUCUUUGAAUUUUUGGAGGAAGAAAAUGGUAGAAAUAAAUUCUCUAUUGUUGAGAAGACAGUUUCAAAGAUGGAAGGGGCAGUGUUGCUCCUCAUGGACAAUAUCAUAAAUAAAAUUAAGCCAGUGUUAAGAACAGCGGUAGUAAGUUCCUGUAAUACAGGCAAUGAGGCUCGACUUCUGCAAGACGUCCUUGAUGAAGGUUUUCGUGUUUUACAGCAGAGACUAGAUGACACAAACUUUCAGCGCUUCUUACUGAAAAUUUGGAAUGUUCUAAUAGUGAUUUUCUGUGACAUUGUUGAAAGUAAUUCUACUAAACAAAAUGCUGAGUACUUCAAGAAGGUCUACAAUGUUUUGGACCGCACAUGGUAUUUCUUUACUCCCACUGAUCGUAGAGGACUUGAACCGCAGCAAGCUCACACUGAUGAAUAUCAAUCACUUAAAAACACUCUGUGUAAUUUGAAGAUGGCAACAGAAUUCCUCAUAGCAAAGUAUUACAGGGAGAGAUUUGAUGAGCUUAAAAGGUCCCACCAACAUAUUGCCGAACUUUAUGUACAGGUAUAUUUCACAAGGACUGGUAAACUCAUCAUUGAUGUUACCAUGGCUGCAAAUAAAAUAAGGCGUACUGAAAGGCAUCCUGAUGUAUUUGUGCAGAUCAAACUGGUGCCUAGUGAUUGGUUUCGUAAUGCUGUUGCCAAGACUAAGCCACAAAAGAUAGAGGAUUCUACAGUGUUUAAUGAGAAAUUUGAAUUUCUCAUUAGUCAUGCUGAUCAAGGGGUGAAAUCUGGCCAUCUUCUGUUUGUCAUGAAGACUCAUCAGCGUUUCCACAGUGAUAAAGUGAUAUGUGAAACAGUUAUUCCUCUUGAUGAAAUAGAUAUGCCUACACCCAACAAUAUAAAACCUAAAGUCCUCAACAUGAAUAUUCCAAGGAAUGUGGAUGGUUUGGAAUCAGGAUGAUAAACUGAUAAUUGUAAAUGCCUACAGCCCACCAGCAAGCAACACAUGGGACAAAAGAGGAAUUAGAUGACAAACAAGAUGGUCUCAUAAUAGUCAUGAGAUUAUAGUAACAGCAGAUAAAGAUAAAUUAUUACACAGAGAAAACACAAUACUGUGAUAUAUCAAAUGAACAAAUCCACAAAGGCCCUGAUGAGGGUUCAAAUAUAUAUAUAUAUGAUUUGUUCAAAGAUAAAUCAUGAUUGUUGGUUCUGGGAACUUCAACUUCAAAGCAAUAGACUGGGAGGCUUACAAAGCAAGAACGGAGGACAUUUGAACAGACAGAUUUGUAAACCUCAUUCUGGAGAAAUUCACGUAUCAAUACAUCAAGCAGGCCACAGGAAUGACACAAGGGGAUGUUCUGUCAAUAUUCACCAAGAAAGAAGAAGAGAUAUUUGACAUCUAGUACCUUCCUUCCUUGGGAAAGAGUGAUCAUGUCCUGUUGGAAAUUAAAUAUGCUUUGUGAUAUAAUCUAGAUGAGAAUGGGGACAUUGCAAAAAUUGAUUAACAUGAUUUCAAGAGAAAUCUAGAAAAAUCCAAGAAAAUAGUUGCAAUGGGGAACAUAGUAACUUCUUUAACCCCUCAAUUGCACAGCUUCCAAACAUGGCACCCCCCCCCCCCAGUGUGCAGGAAAUAAAUUCUCUGGAAAAAAAUUCUUUUCUGGGGGUAGCCUCUACAGCUCCCUGGAGCUACCCCCCAGUGUGCAGGAAAUAAAUUCUCUGGAAAAAUUCUUUUCUGGGGGUAGCCCCUAUGGCUUCCCAGAGGAAGCCAUAGGGGCUUUUAUCCAUGGCUGAUAUGGAUACCCUAACUUUUUUGCAUCAGUCGAUUUGGGUGGAGUUCUAGGCCUACCGGGGACCAUGAGUCAGAACCUGGCCCCAUCACAGAGGCACGGGGAGGAAUUGUCCAUAGAAAUGCACCUGUGAUUUGGAUCAUUCUAUUCCAUCACAGAGGCACGGGGAGGAAUUGUCCAUAGAAAUGCACCUGUGAUUUGGAU